CGGAAGACCACGUGAGUUGUACAGUGCUGUGAUUUGUGAUUCGAAGGGUCUAACACCAGUGACUUUCCCAAGUGGUUCUCAGCUCUCUCCACUCUAAAAGAGCUAAGAACUCACAUCUCAGAAGCUACUGAGAAUGGCCUGCAGAACGAAGGCGUCAACUCCUCCGUGGCUUUGAUGAAACGCCUCCUUGUAGAUGCACAGGACAAAUUGAGGGGUAUGGCGGAAGAUACGACGAGAGGAGAAGAAGUGGCUGUACCUCCUUUCACGACAACUCACCGGCCGAUCCCCGAGGUCCCUGCAAGAAAAAUGCAGCUCACCGUGGCCCAGUCGGAAAUUGCCAAAUUGACUUUUCCAGAGCAUAAUUCCGUGGUGCCGCCCGAGGGUGACGGAGCGGGUCAGGAUAAUCCGAAAAGUUCCGAACCCAAGGAAGAGGAACAACAACAACCGCCCAACAGCGUCCAUUUGCCCCCGAGGCCGGAUUCAAAAAGGCCGACUUCCCUAGCCAAGAGGAGAGAAUCCGGUGACGUCCCUCCGGAACCGGAAGUGAGGAUUAAAAGGCCACCAUCACCGACAGCGGGGCCAAGUCACAAAUCGGACUUCGUACAAGAGUUGGAAAACCUGUCUGGAAAUGCCGGCACUCGGCUCAGGCUGGAAAACGAAAAGCUAAAACGCGAAGUUUCCGAGCUUAAAAAGCUCGUCUCCGCCUCCGGGGCAAUCGUAGGCACCGCCAACGAAAUCGAAGGCCCCUCGAAGAUCACCCAGCUCGAGGAAGAGCUUGCCCAAGCCAAAGAGACCAUAUCUACCUUGAAGACAGACAGAAAAAAGCUGAAAGCUGAGAAGUUCGAUCUGCUGAAUCAGAUGAAGCAGCUGUAUGCUACUCUCGAGGACAAGGAGAAGGAGCUGAGAGAUUUCAUUCGAACCUUUGAACAGGUAUUCAAGCAGCGAAUGCGAGAGAGCGAGGAGAGCCUGACACAAGAGCGUGCAGAAAGAGAAAGAGAGAGAUGGAGUUUACUGCGCCAUGCAAGAGACGAGGCAGAAAGAAGUUUGAAUCUAGCUGCCCAGCUAGAUCUAAAGCAGAGGGAACUGUUAGAUUGUGCAAGUACACUUUGCCCGGGGGUCACUGAUGAUGGAAGAUCACCAGAAAACGGUUUACCACGAAGGGACCUCCCAAGCAGAGACCAUUACAAUGCGAGGCGGCAGUUGUCAUCAGGCGGGUGUCUGUCUGAUCAAGAGAGUAUCAGUGCCGGUUGGCGAGGAGUCAAUGGAGGACCAGGGGACAGGACAUCAGGAAGCGUCGAUUCCGGGCUGCGCGGUUCCUCUGACCGUCAGUCGACAACGAAUCUCAGCGAUUCGACAACCGAUGUAACAACUCCAAAAGAGAGCAGUAGCCCAUCCCUUUCGCCUCUCAACGCUCAUUCAUUUUCAAGGUCUUUGGACAAUUCUACUCUGUCAAGGUCUGUUGAACAACUCAGCUCUCCUCAGCUGGAGGUCGAGCCUUUACGUAGAGGCAAGUUGAGAGGUAGUGGUGGUAGCACGCCAUCAAGUGCCACGACGGCAAGAACUGGCGGAAGCACUUGGGGCAGCAUCAGUCGAGUAUUUGCCAGGAGUAGGCACAAGAAACAUCCAAACCCUAAUAACCAAGAAGCACCACUUCCGGAAACACCAAGUGAAUCCUGCAACCGUAGCUGGUCGCCUUUGACCGAAGAAGGCUACGCCGAAAAGCUAAGACUGCUCCGAGAGGCCAGCGCCAUUCCAAUGGAAAGGUGGAGAGCACCUACAGUACUCGCUUGGCUUGAAAUAGCUUUAGGGAUGCCACAGUAUGGUCCGAAAUGCACACAAAAUAUUAAAUCCGGAAAGGUAUUGCUUGAAUUAAGUGAUGGAGAGUUGGAAAUAGGACUAGGUGUACAGCAUCCCAUGCACAGAAAGAAAUUAAGACUUGCUAUUGAGGAGCAUAGAAAUCCCGGUAUGAUGAGGUAUCCAUGCAUCGGACAGUUAGGUCAUACAUGGGUAUCUAGUGAAUGGCUUCCAGAUUUAGGUCUACCACAGUAUUCUGAGAAUUUCGCUACUAACUUAGUCGAUGCAAGAAUGCUCGAUCAUCUUAGUAAAAAGGAACUUGAAAAAUUUCUAGGCGUAACAAGAAAAUUUCACCAGGCGUCAAUCGUACACGGCAUACAUCUUUUACGUAUGAUGAAAUAUGACAGACAGGCACUUGCUGUCCGAAGGCAUCAAUGCGAAAAUGUAGAUGCUGAUCCUCUCGUUUGGACCAACCAAAGGUUUAUUAGAUGGGCUAGGAACAUAGAUCUUGGCGAAUAUGCUGAUAAUUUAAAAGAUUCGGGCGUUCAUGGAGCACUGGUCGUACUGGAGCCAUCGCUCAAUGGUGACACAAUGGCGACUGCGCUUGGAAUCCCGCCAUCGCGAAAUAUGAUCAGGAGACACCUUGCAGCUGAACUCGAAGCUCUUGUUCUUCCUGCCAGAUGGCAAAUUAGGGCUGGUUUUGAGGGAGGGUAUCGAGGUAGAAGGGCCGGAGGAUCUUUGGGAAGGAACGUAGGUCGGAUCCAAUCCAGGGCCCUUCCCCCACCGCCAAUCCAAGAGCAGUCCCCUGACAAAGACAGGCGUCCCAGCUUUAGGACUUACAGCACAGUUCGUAAAAAGUUCUCGUCUUGGAGAAGCUCUCAAGGUUCUUUGUCGAGAGCAUUUGGUCUUAAGUCGAGAUCGAUUAACCACUAUGGCGAGAUUUCAUCCCCUGUUCAUGAAGCCAUUUCUCCGACUUCAAGCGAAAGUAGCGGGACAUUUGGCAGUCAGAGGCCUGAAUCGCCGCAGAGCGCUAUUGUACGCAGAAGGCCUACACAUAGACACAGACGGGUCAAAUCGAUCGGAGACAUUGAUGCUAUAACAGUAACCCCUGUUUAAACUUAUAAGUAAAAAAGUAUUAAUUUUCCUAAUCUCAUUUGCUUUUUCUUCUUAUACAUAUCAGUCUAAGAAAUCAUUAAAAUUCAGAAAUUAUAGGUCAAUUUAAAAAAAUUCAAUAAUUGUUUACUACUGUCUAAUAAAUGAUUUGAAAUUACUUAUCUAUGUAUGUUUUCUUUUCUUUUUUUAAACUUAGAUUUAAGUAUUGAAAGUUGUAAAAAAUAAUAUCUGUAUAAAUAUCAUUUUAAAUAGGCUUGCGAAUUGCUUGCUGUUAAAAGUAUGAUACCUCUGAGUAGAGGUCGAUUUCAAUGUAUUACGAAAAUCCAAUAAUUUAUUAAAUGUGUAAUGUUUGUGGCUCGUAAAGCAUUCCUCUUUCCUAAAAUGUAAAACUUGAGUGUGAUAAGGUAAUUUUUUCCCCAUUUUAACUUUGACGAGGUAUGUACCUGGUAUUAUGUCUUCAUAAUAUGCGACGUGCAAUAUGGCUAGGAAAUAAAUUAUUACAAUGAUAUUAUACUUGUAUUUAUUUGGACGUGUAACUACAAUUUUUGAAAAGACAUGAUGGUUGCUUAUUAUGUUUUUAUUUCCCUUUUUGUUAUCACUACUAUCCAUUUGUUUCAUUUUUAAAUUUUUUGUUGUAUUAUUUUUCUUUUGUGAUAUUUUUGUAUAAAAAAGUGUUGAAUUAGUUGUUUCAUACCUGAAAAAAUAAACAUUUAUUUUGUGUCAAUUCGA